AUGUACAAAACGCCAUGUAGCAGACUCACAGGUAAACGUAUAGAUAAUAUGUACUUAUCGUUCAUAUGCACCGGUAUCGAAUGUAAAAUAUUAUUCUGUCGCGGGUCGAAAAUACUCACGUUUGCAAGGUUAGUUAAGCUAAUUAGCAUGCUAACUGUUAGCUAUGUACCGGUAUGUUAUGUAGAUGGCUUUCAGCUAGCUAGCUUGUUAGCAAUGCUCUAUGACCUUAGCUUUAAUCGAGCCAAUGUGGGCCUAUUCUCGAAUACAUCUGGAUUCAUCUAGUCAUUUGACAUAUCGCAGUGCCACCAACAAACCUGUCAAUUACAAAAGUUCAACAUUCACCUUCUGCUACCAUUUCUGUCAAGCUGUCUACCAUAUAGUUUGAUGCAUACGUUUGGUAAAUCCAAUUUAUGCACCACACAGAACGCACUGCAACUGCCUCUUUGAACGCAGUGUUCCAUUGGAAAUGAAAGUACUUCUGAUGUACCAAAACCCAAACACUGCAAGUGUGAUCGAGGCUUGACUGCGUGGUCUAGAAUGGACUACAAUGUCUGCCCACAGGCAGAAAAUGGGAGACCCUGCAUAAAAACACGUUUUAAACGCUUAUUUUAUAGCGAAGGACACAUUCCACACCUCAAAUCGUAAGUAUUGUUCUUAGAGAUAAUUAAUAUGCCUCUGUUGACUGGGAACUUUGUUUUGGUGAAACCGAAAAAUGGUUACGGUUUGGUUGAUCAAGGACGCCAGGCUACGGAAAGAGCAGUCUGCAAAGAGCAGUCUGUGAAGAAUGGCUUGUUGUGGUAGGAAGCAAGGCUGUCAGCCAUAACACUGUUAUUAUACACAGAAAAGUAUAAAUUAGUUUAUAGCCAGUCCUGAACAGUUAGAUGAUGCAUCUUCACGCCAUUCAGUUGUUGUAUUGAUUAUAAACAGUUUGUUUUGUUGUCUUUCUUUGUGUUUUAGGUCUGGUUGGUGCCAGUGUGAGUGGUAACCAGAAACUAUUAGGUAGGAAUGCCCCUAGGAAUCACCAGAGUGCUCGCAGCCUCAUCCAGCUGUCCAGGAGAGACCCAUCACAAUGGAUCACAUUCCAGCACCUCAACUUCUUGAAGCGCCAGGUAAGUCAAAUGCUGCCCAUAGUAGGCAAAAACAUCACUGUUUCGUGAGUGAUGGACAACAUUCUGUCCUUAGAUUUACAUUGGAAAUGUUUGUCAUUUAGCAGACACUCUUAUCCAGAGCGACUUACAGGAGCAAUAAGGGUUACGUGCCUUGCUCAAGGGCACAUUUACAUUUUACACAUUGACAGAUUGUUCACCUAGUCGGCACUGGGAUUCGAACUAGCGGACUUUCUGUUACUGGCCCAACACUCUUAACCUCUAGGCUCCCUGCCCCCCCAGAUUAUGCCCUAUCAUACCAAUUGACCUCAGUCCAUGCACAUGUAGCCUAUUUGUACCAGGUCAUGUCAGGACACAUUAGUGCUGAGCAAUUAACAGAUAUUUCGGCAAUUAUUUGAAUUCCAUUUUAUGUUUUUUUUCUGUGAGCUCCAUGUGCACAUUGCGCAGUUUCUCUAGAGAUAAAUCAGAUCAAGCCCGAACUGUGCGAUGUAGUAGGGCGUUGUAGUUUCCAACAGGCCAAUGUUCUUCAUAGUUUAGUGCAGCAAACAUGGUUAUUAACUACAAUGACCAUAAUUAAUUGCGCGCCUACUUGUCCGGUCUGCGUGUUUCUUUUACGCCUGCUAUGUUAGGUUAGUGUGUUUGACAGCCAUCGUCGAUAGUGACGACAUCGUGAUGUCACAAAAUAUGGUUUAGCAUAUUUGACUGCACCUCUGGAGUCUGGCAGCGCACAACAGCACAGCGCAGUGAGCACAUAGCAGGGUGACAUGCCAAAUGGCCUAUUCCCUAUUUGUCAUAGCCUAAAUACAUAUGUGGUUGUUAGACUAUUAACAUAAUGCAAGAGAACAGUGUAGAUUGUAGAAAGAGCGGAGAGCACCAAAGCAGUGCAAAAUGUCAGAUUGGGCCUAAUGUGUUUUUGCCCCUCCUCUCCAAUGUGGGAUGAUCAUGGGCCUUUUGCAGCGGACACUCCAUUGUCUGGUUUAUUGUUUUAAUCUUAAGAUCUCUUUUUCCCAUUCGAUUUCAAUGUGACUUGUUGACGUAAGCAUAGCCUACUUUUUCAUGAUCAACCAUCAAAUUAAUCUAUAGGCCUAAGGAGUUCCAUCUAAGAAAGUUAUUUGCGAAUAGCUUAAAUAAAAAUGUAGUAUAGUAAUAAUGAGCGAGAGAACAAACGAUUGCAAGAUAGACUAAUCAAAUAGGAAGUUUAAACCAACCUGGUACGUUUCUGCUUUACUUGACCAGAGUGUACGCAAAAUAAAUUGUGCCUUCAAAAAAUCCCUCCUUGCAAACCAAACAGACAAUAAUAAUUGCCUACACAUAGGCUACUGUCAAAAGUUGCAGUAAUUUUUUAAUUAAAUUUUUUAUUUAACCUUCAUUUAACCAGGUAAGCCAGUUGAGAAGAAGUUCUCAUUUACAACUGCGACCUGGUCAAGAUAAAGCAAAGCAGUGCGAUAAAAACAACAACAACAGAGUUACAUAUGGGGUAAACAAAACAUAAAGUCAAAAAUACAACAGAAAAUAUAUAUACAGUGUGUGCGAAUGUAGUAAGUUAUGGAGGUGAGGCAAUAAAUAGGCAAUAGUGCAAAAUAGUUACAAUUUAGUAUUAACACUGGAAUGAUAGAUGUGCAAAAGAUGAUGUGCAAAUAGAGAUACUGGGGCUGUGUACAGGUGCAGUGAUCGGUAAGCUGCUCUGACAACUGAUGCUUAAUGUUAGUGAGGGAGAUAAUAGUCUCCAGCUUCAGAGAUUUUUGCAGUUCGUUCCAGUCAUUGGCAGCAGAGAACUGGAAGGAAUGGCGGCCAAAGGAGGUGUUGGCUUUGGGGAUGACCAGUGAGAUAUACCUGCUGGAGUGCAGACUACGGGUGGGAGUUGCUAUGGUGACCAGUGAGCUAAGAUAAGACAGGGAUUUGCCUAGCAGUGAUUUAUAGAUGACCUGGAGCCAGUCUAAACGCUACUUUGACAAGUUAAACUUAUAAACUAAUAUUUAUAAUAUUGUCAAUGUUUAUUGAUAUCUUUGAAUUGCGCACCGGCAAUUGCGCACUUUUAAGCGGGAACAAAACAUAAAUUAAUGAUGAGUAGGUGUCAAUUGUCUCACAAACAACUAUUUUCAAUAGCUUACGAAUUGUGCAUUUAUAUAAAAGUCAACAAUCAGAUAAAACAAAUGAUUAUUUAGCCUAACAGUUGAUUGAACAUUGGCUUAGGCUAAAAACUAAUAGGUCCAUUAUCCUUAGGCUUUGCCUUCUGCCUAUCAAACUGUAAAAAUCCUAAAUAUACAAUCAGAUAAAACAAAUUAUAACAUUCUUUAUAACACUUAAAAACAAAUGAAUAUUGUCUUAUGCUAAAAACAAAUAGGCCUAUUAGGAUAUACCUUUUGCCUAUUGAACUGUACAAAUCCUAAAUAUAGGCCUACAAAAUAGAUGAAGUAGCCUAAACAAAAUAAGUACGAAAAUAUCCUACAUUAGUGCUAAAGACUAUCAGUGCAAAUAAGUAAUUUUCACGGUUUUACAGAAUAUUUUAGCCUAUCAAGAUCACUUUCUGAGUCAAAAUGCAAGCUGAGAUCUGCCACAGAUUUUUUUUAUAUUACUUAAAAAAUGUACAUCUAUGCAGCAUUAACUAAUUAAUAACAGUUCUGUAGCAAUUAUGUUUUUGCAGUAGGCUAUAGGCCCAAUACAUUAUCACUGCAUAUUGGCUGUCCUUAAAUUGCCCUGGCAAUGUUUUUCUCAGACCAUUUUGAAAUUAUAUAAAAAAGUUUAGGUAUAGGAUCACCUGGUAAUAUAUCAUUUUUAGUAUUACAUAGGCACAGCCAAGUGAGUGUGUGUGUGUAUAUAUAUAUAUAUAUAUAUUUUUUUUUUUUUUACUGGACUGAUGGCCUGCGUCUGAGGGGAGGGAGAGAGCAGCGGCGAGGUUUCCUCUCACCGUCCCUCCGCUCUCCCUCCCUCCGCUGAGAAAAGGGACACAGUCUUCCAGCUGAUGGCGAAACUCAAGUCACACUGCAUUAUUUCUGCCUCAUGCACCAAUUCAUGUUGUUACUCCUAUGACCAGAGAAAGUGAAAUAUUCCUAUAUAUAAAAAAAACACAACAAGCCGCUAAUAAUAACAACGCAAGCUUAUCGGAACACUUUGCUAUAGGCCUAAGCAUUCAUUGCAGCUGCAGUGCUGGUUGUAGCAUGAGUGGAAGUAGGGAGAACACGCAUUUUAUGGCUUAAAAGUGUUGAACAAAGUGUUGACCGUGCUGAAUAACAACUUAAACAUGAACUUACUCAUAAAAACAGCAGCUCUUUGCUUUUCGUUGAGUCUAGUCAUGGUUUUGAAAUCUCACAGUAUCAAUUUUGCUUUGCGUUCCAGGCUUCUUUUUACAGUCUAUGGCUCGAGGAAACUGUGCAGACGCGAUCGAGCGGUUGGUGACCACUGCUAUAGGCUAUGUCUUUUGAAUAAGAUGCAUCUGGAUUUGAAUAUAGCAAAAAAAAAUGGGGAACAAUUAGGUGUAGUUACUUUUUACCAUGUCUUAGGUCUACCUAAAGAUUUCUGGCAAGGAACACCAGCACGUUCACAUUUCUGCCCCAGAGUAGCGAACUCCACAGAAUGAUGGUCUUGUAAAUGUUGACAGAGGUUUGUAGUCUGUCCAUCCUUUGCCCUCAUAAUCUUGAUAGCCUAGACUUGAUAGAAAAAACUAGGCGUAGCACUGUUUAAGACUAGCAAUGUGUCCUUUAUAUUGCAUUCUUCCGGCUAGUUGACCUCUCCAUGCGCAACACGCAUCCCUGAUCAGGAUGCGAAUUAUGGGGUAGCCAUGGGGGCGGUGGGGCUCAGCUCCCCUGAAUGAGACAUUAGCUCCCCUAAAUGCAACAAAAGUCAGUCAGCUGUUUAGAGCGCUCAUUGCUUUGUUUUUCAGGUGUUCGCUGGUACUGGUGUUCUCCGUGCCUUCCGUGGCCAGAAGUAGUAGACCAUUUAUUUAGCUUGAUUGUUUUCUUUCCUGGAACAGCUGGUGAUGGUCGCCAAUAUCACUAGACAACUAGCCUACAGCCAGACAUCAAUAUCACUAGACAACUAGCCUACAGCCAGACAUCAAUAUCACUAGACAACUAGCCUACAGCCAGACAUCAAUAUCACUAGACAACUAGCCUACAGCCAGACAUCAAUAUCACUAGACAACUAGCCUACAGCCAGACAUCAAUAUCACUAGACAACUAGCCUACAGCCAGACACCAAUAUCACUAGACAACUAGCCUACAGCCAGACACCAAUAUCACUAGACAACUAGCCUACAGCUAUACACCAAUAUCACUAGACAACUAGCCUACAGUUAGACACCAAUAUCACUAGACAACUAGCCUACAGCUAUACACCAAUAUCACUAGACAACUAGACAACUAGCCUACAGCUAUACACCAAUAUCACUAGACAACUAGCCUACAGCCAUACACCAAUAUCACUAGACAACUAGCCUACAGCCAGACACACCAAUAUAAGUCAUACUUAAUUCUCUCAUUAAAAUGCAAAUCAAUUUAUAACAUUUUUGACAUGCGUUUUUCUGGAUUUUUUUGUGAUUUUUCUGUCUCUAACUGUUCAAAUAAACCUACCAUUAAAAUUAUAGACUGAUCAUGUCUUUGUCAGUGGGCUAACGUACAAAAUCAGCAGUGGAUCAAAUACUUAAUUCCCUCACUGUAUACACCAAUAUCACUAGACAACUAGCCUACAGUUAGACACCAAUAUCACUAGACAACUAGCCUACAGCUAUACACCAAUAUCACUAGACAACUAGCCUACAGCUAUACACCAAUAUCACUUUACAACUAGCCUACAGUUAGACACCAAUAUCACUAGACAACUAGCCUACAGCUAUACACCAAUAUCACUAGACAACUAGCCUACAGCUAUACACCAAUAUCACUAGACAACUAGCCUACAGUUAGACACCAAUAUCACUAGACAACUAGCCUACAGCUAUACACCAAUAUCACUAGACAACUAGCCUACAGCUAUACACCAAUAUCACUAGACAACUAGCCUACAGCUAUACACCAAUAUCACUAGACAACUAGCCUACAGCUAUACACCAAUAUCACUAGACAACUAGCCUACAGUUAGACACCAAUAUCACUAGACAACUAGCCUACAGUUAGACACCAAUGCGCAUCCAAUUCAUCCAACAUUAAUGACAGUAGGCCUAUAGAUGACUAUUUCGGUUAGAAGCAUUCCAUUUUGCAAUGGCAUAGGCCUACAUUAUUUUGGAUUUGUGUGCCCAUGAGAACUGUUUUCACGGAGAAGCAUAAUGAAAUGUUAUGUAGGCAUAGUUACAUUUACAGUGCACCUCUCGAGAUCUCCAAGAUCGAGGAAUCGUACAGGGUUUAUGUUCAAAGUUCUAUUUCAAUUGUUAAAUGCUUAAUAAUGACAAAUAACACUGUCAUAAAUGUAAUUCAUGUAAGGAAAGAAAUAUAGUGUUUUAUGUCACACAAUCUGUGAAGACUCCAAGCAUUAACUCAUGAAUUAUAGACAACUCAUGAACUAGGGUGUAUUUUUUUUUUUAUUCAACUCAUGUAUUAUAUUGAAUGAACGCUACCUGUUCUGUGUGUGUUCAUGUGUGUAGAAUUGCCUUUGCUGAGAGGGUAGGGUACUGGCAGUAGUGUAGUCCUAGUGGAGGGUAGGCUACUGGCAGUGGUGUAGUCCUAGUGGAGGGUAGGCUACUGGCAGUAGUGUAGUCCUAGUGGAGGGUAGGCUACUGGCAGUGGUGUAGUCCUAGUGGAGGGUAGGCUACUGGCAGUGGUGUAGUCCUAGUGGAGGGUAGGCUACUGGCAGUGGUGUAGUCCUAGUGGAGGGUAGGCUACUGGCAGUGGUGUAGUCCUAGUGGAGGGUAGGCUACUGGCAGUGGUGUAGUCCUAGUGGAGGGUAGGCUACUGGCAGUGGUGUAGUCCUAGUGGAGGGUAAACGCAACGAAACACUGUUUAUACACCGUAAAAAAUAUAUGCUUUUAAAGCAUAGGGAGUGUUAAUUUUUUCACCGCGACCGGCAAUCAGAGUUUACCCACUGACUACCGGUAGGCCUAUUUGAAGUUCAUGGUAAGACACAUUGUAGCCUGGUCUAGUAGGUUGACUGUAUGUCUGUUAGGAUGACAAUCAUGUUUUAAGACACAUUGUAGCCUGGUCUAGUAAGUUGAUUGUGUGUGUGUGUGUUAGGGUGACCAUGUUUUUCCCGGGACAGUUUCAGCCCCAUUUCAGGUGUCCCGUCUUUUCUGGCUACAAAAAAGGUCAAUUUGUCAUCAAGACGCAUCAAUUAAUGAAGGACUAAUCAAUAGCAAUCGCUGAAAGUCAUUAGGCACACCUUUUGGUGUUUUUUAACAUGCAGAUGUCUAUUUCCAUUCAUCAAAUGGUGCCAGUGUACAUGCAGAUGUCUAUUUCCAUUCAUCAAAUGGUGCGAUUAUCUUGGAGUGGACGGUCAUGCAAAGGUAGCAUGUGUUUUGUAGUGAUUUAGUUUGACAAUCAGAUGAAAGUAUCAUGACUGGUUGUGUUUAUGCCACAUUAAAAGGUCAUUCACCGUUAAAUUCUGUCUUUUAUUAUUAGGCCCAUAACAUUUCCCGUGCAGUGCAAUCGCAUGCACACAAGUGACCCCCCCCCCCCCCCCCCCCCCCCUCCACAUUGUACUUCACACUCUGCCCCCCUAUAUCAGCGCUGUUUGGACAGGACAAUGAGACUGUCAUCCAGACAUCGCCCAACGCUUAAGUACACAGGAUUAGCUAUAUUAUAAUUGAAGCCUGCAAAGUCAUGGGCAGUCACUUCUAAUUGAUAGAAAAAUAAGCUAGAUGUUACAUGUUAGUCUCAGUUGCAAGUUAUAAUGCCAGUGCCACCCAACCAUGUUUUGUGCCAGUGUGAACGUAUGAUUUUCACUGCUUGUAAAAGGAGGAAUAUCUGCCAUAAUGUGCCAAUGAUAGACAACCUUUAUCUUCACUCACUCACUAUCUGCCCUCUCCCUUCGCAGUAUGUGAUGACGAGUAACAAUGCCCUCUAUCAGAGAGCUGAUCCUAAGCAGACAGCCAUCUUGACCGUCCUGGAGGACCAUCGUGAUGGCGGCGUGGACAGACAGAUCCAGCAGGUCCCAACCAUCGACCAUGUGCCUGUGGUCACUGAUGUCACACCACCUCCACUACAGCCAGAGACCACAACCACAAAUGUGACCGCAACACCGGUCUCAAGUCCUGUCUCGACUGUGUCAGCACAGGAGAUACUUACUCUGUUGAAAGCAACCUCCAGCAAGACUGUGUCACCACCACAGACGAAGGCUGUGUCCAGUGCAGUAGAGUCUGGGACUGAGAUGUUAGAGGUUCCCCAUCUGCAGGUGGAGUCAGAUGAAGCCAGGGAGGCUCGGCUGGACAGGCAGUGGAAGGAACUCAAGGUGGACCUGGCUGAACUUCCAGAUGUGUACGCUAAACUUGCCAAAAUCAAACUCACAGGUAUGGUAUGACAUGGACAAGGAACAUGUAUCUAAGCGUUUCUUAAUGUUUUAUUUUCUAUCAAGGAUAUGCACAAUUUGGCCUAGGGCAUUGCUUCGCCUUUCACAAAGAUGGGAACUUGUACCACAGAUGGAACAAUGAGCCAGAUGUUUCAACGGAUGUGUAAAUGUGACGCAUCCGCUUGGUGUUUCCACUCACUACCAAAUAUGGUGAUGAGAGGAAGCCCAGUGGAAGAAGAUGAAGCGAGAUGGAUUUUGGCCGACAUUCUGCUAAUUUUCUCAUCGAUGAAACAUUUGAUCUCAAUACAGUUUCCUGUUCCUAAAACUACAAUCUAGUUUCUAUCUAAUAGAGUUUUGUAGACUUUACCCUUCCCCUUCGUAUUUUUUGCCCAAAAAGUAUGUUAAGGAGUGCAACGGCAAAUCGAGUUAUUGCACAUGUGCACUUCAGAGUAGGCGUUCCCUAAUGGAAAUAUGCAAAUACAUGCUAGAACGUGCCAAUAGGAUCUCGCUAGCUCGUGUUUGGCUCUGCCCACCUCCUUGCUUGUUCUGCCCACUAUGACUCAUUUGCUCCCAUUGGAAACGACAUGCUGUGGUUUAUCUUGGGUUAGUUAUAAAAAUCUUUGCUUGUAAAUACUGUUCUGCCAGUAAUUGCCCAAAGCUGUAGGCCUAUAGUUGAUAUGGAAACUAUGGUGGGGAUAGAAGUAUGAAGCAUGUUGCUUGUGUGUAGGUAUGAUGUUAAUAUUGUUGUUUCAGCGUUAGUAGUGUGGACGGCAGCAGCUGGUUUUGCCAUGGCUCCAGUACCCUUUGACCCUGCCACCUUCUUCUUGGCAUCCCUUGGGACAGGGCUUGCCUCCUGCACCGCAAACUCCAUCAACCAG